GCCCUCCGCCGCCCGGUGACAGGCAUAUGCGCAGGCCCGCGGCCUCCCCUCUGUCCUCUGGUAGUCCGAAGAGGAACGACCUACGCCUGACAGCUUCUGCUUCCGGGUCACCCCUUGGUAGCGGCUUUCGGUACCCAUUUCUACUUGGUGGUUAGUUUGGAGCAUGUAAACAUAUCCUUGAUGAGUUCCAGUAUGUGGUAUAUUAUGCAAAGCAUUCAGAGCAAAUACUCUCUGUCAGAGCGCUUAAUUCGAACAAUUGCUGCCAUACGUUCCUUUCCCCAUGAUAACGUAGAGGACCUGAUCAGAGGGGGAGCUGAUGUGAAUUGUACCCAUGGCACACUGAAGCCACUGCACUGUGCGUGCAUGGUGUCAGAUGCUGACUGUGUGGAGUUACUCUUGGAAAAAGGAGCUGAGGUAAAUGCUCUAGAUGGCUACAAUCGGACAGCUCUUCAUUAUGCAGCUGAGAAAGAUGAAGCUUGUGUGGAAGUCCUGUUGGAAUAUGGUGCAAACCCCAAUGCACUAGAUGGCAACAGAGAUACCCCACUUCACUGGGCAGCCUUUAAGAAUAAUGCUGAGUGUGUAAGGGCCCUCCUAGAAAGUGGUGCCUCUGUCAAUGCCUUGGAUUACAACAAUGACACACCACUUAGCUGGGCAGCCGUGAAGGGAAACCUUGAGAGUGUUAGCAUACUCCUUGACUAUGGUGCAGAGGUCAGGGUCACUAACUUAAAGGGUCAGACACCUAUUUCCCGGUUGGUGGCUCUGUUGGUUAGGGGACUUGGAACAGAAAAAGAGGAUUCUUGCUUUGAGCUCCUUCACAGAGCCGUUGGACACUUUGAAUUACGGAAAAAUGGCACCAUGCCUGGUGAGGUAGCCAAAGACCAGCAACUUUGUGAAAAACUGACUAUGUUGUGCUCUGCCCCAGGAACCCUGAAAACAUUGUCUCGAUAUGCUGUUCGACAUAGCUUGGGACUCCAGUACUUGCCAGAUGCAGUAAAGGGCCUGCCAUUGCCAGCAUCUUUGAAGGAAUACCUGUUACUUGCAGAAUAAGUGAGAAAGAGCUUGCUCCAUCACAUAGCAAUUCUACAUGAGGUUUGCCCUGCACACUCAGCUCUCCUAGGUUCUGUCAUGGGGAAAUGGGAUGCAGAGGCUCAUGUCUGGUGCAUAGAUUUUGAAGCAACAUAUCACAGCAAUAACACCCUUGCCACCUCCCCUCUAAGCUAAACAAACAAAAAAAAUCCCAUGCUUUUUUGUUUGCAGAAAGUGUGUGUAUUGCUUUUGACAUUUGCACCAUCUAAAAGAAAAGGUAUCUGUGUUCUCUCUCAUUUAGGAGAGCUGGAGUAAUAGCUGGAGUAAGCUGCACAGCUGAAUUUCUUUAGGAAAAUUAAAUGUAUUUAAAUAGUAUGUGUGAUUUCCCUGCAGAGGCAUUUGGUUGCUAAUCCUUUAGGAGCUUUUUAAUUGGUCAUUGGAGAUAUUCAGGGGAAAAACAGACCAGGUAACACUGUUCACAGUCUAAAGAAGAAAAUAUAACAGCUCAAAUAGUGCAAUUUAAUAAUAACGUAAUUAAAUGACAUACUAGCAUUGCCAUGUGAUUGAGGGGGAAACUUUCCUUUGUUUACCAUCAUAAGAAACAACAGCUGUCCUUUUUUACCUCUGUGUUUUUGAGUGGUACAGCAAAAUUAACUUAGCCGCUCUCCAGUGUAAAGAAAAUAGUUAUCCCUGCAGUCUUGAGAAUGCUGGUUUUUCAAAUGUAUUUCUUCUCAGACUUUCCCCAGCUAGGUGUUCUCACACCACUAAGAAGCCAUUAUCCCUAUCCUUUAUAUCUUUUAGUAUUUGAUUCUGGAAGGGAAGGGUAUAAGCUAGGCUGCUUUCUUCCAAGGUCAAAUUCAUAGUCUCUGUAUAGAAGACUCUACUAAAUGUUUGCAAUUGGUUUUCUAUUGUUAAGUUGUGCUUUGUAUUAAUUGAAAUUUUAGUCAUUUCAGGCUGUGUGUAUGUAUGUGUUGGUAGUGGGGAGAUAUUGUAUAGAGGAGAACUAACUGCCCAGAAAAGUGUGGCUUGGGUCAACAGGACUUUUCAUUUCCAUAUUCGUAAACUUCAAGUCAAGUAAUCUGAGGAAUACUUGACUAAAACAAAAAACUGUCUUGUGGGGGGAAAGAAGGAAAAAGGUGAGAGGAAGCCAUAUGCAAAAUAAGAAUGGAAUCUGUUGAAGUAACUUGAAAAUAAGUGAGGAGAAAGGCAGUGUGAUAUAUUGAAUAAAGAGCAGACUUUGAAUUCAGGAAGACCUGAGUUCAAAUUCUUCCGUAUAUACUGGCUUUGUAACCCUGGGCAAAUCACUUAGUACCCCAUUUAACUUAAGACUAAAGUACCAAACAGUAGUCAAUUGGUAUUGACCAAUAGUUUCCUCAUCAAGAGAUCUCUGAAAUCACAAGUCUGGUCCAAAAAAAAGUGAAUCUGAUUUUCUUUUUUUUGCUAUUUGUGUCUUACAUUUAUUGAGGUAAUAGAUAUGGAGAGUAGUAGUUCCAAAGGGGAGCUUCUAAAUACCUACUUUGUUCGAGG